UGUGAUGACAUUCAGUUGGACGAGCAGUGUGGCAGCGAGGACUGAGAGCAGCGGAGACAAAAGGAGCUUGAGUGUCAAGCACAGAUGACAUGAGGAUAUACGUGUGUUCUAUUCUGUUUUUUGUGCGUGUUUUUUAAUAAACAAGUCAAGAGAGGUGGAAUAACUAAGGAAAGGAAGAGAUUGUGUGAUCGAGGACCGACUGACAUGGAAUCGAAGAGACUCAGACAAACUUGGGAUUAUCAGUGACAGAUCAACACAAGUGGAGUUACUUAAACAUGGACUGAUUUGGGAGUCACCACACACACGCACACACACACACGCACACACACACACACUCACACAUAUUUGGUUUCCUGUUGUGAUCGGUCUUGGACAGGGGUGAGUAUGCAGGAGUCUCCAGGUGCCAUGGGUGCAGACGGCAGUUAUGCCAGUAAUGUUCCAGCGUUUCUCACCAAGCUGUGGACCCUGGUGGAGGAUCCAGACACCAACCACCUCAUCUGCUGGAGCGCUACCGGCACGAGUUUUCACGUGUUUGACCAGGGACGGUUUGCUAAGGAAGUUCUGCCAAAGUACUUCAAACACAAUAACAUGGCAAGCUUUGUGCGGCAGCUUAACAUGUAUGGUUUCCGUAAGGUGGUGAACAUCGAGCAGAGCGGUCUGGUGAAGCCUGAGAGAGACGACACCGAGUUCCAACACCUGUACUUCCUCCAGGGACACGAACACAUGCUGGAGCACAUCAAGAGGAAGGUGUCCUUAGUGAAGAGUGAGGAGACCAAAGUUCGCCAGGAGGACCUGAGCAAACUGCUCUACGAAGUUCAGCUUCUCAGAACACAACAGGACAACAUGGACUGUCAGAUGCAGGACAUGAAACAGCAGAAUGAGGUCCUGUGGAGAGAGGUGGUCUCACUGAGACAGAACCACACGCAGCAACAGAAAGUCAUGAACAAGCUGAUUCAGUUUCUGUUCAGUCAGAUGCAGUCCAACACGCCCAGCACCGUGGGCCUGAAAAGAAAGCUGCCUCUGAUGUUAGACGACGGUUCUCCCAGUCCUCCUCCUUCCAAGUUCAACCACAGUCACCCAAUGGAGCCCAUUCAUGAGGCCUUCUACAUUCAGUCGCCAUCCAGUGACACUGCCUCAUGUUCCACUAGUGUGCUGACAGGAGGGCCGAUCAUAUCAGACGUCACUGACCUGUCUCAGGCCAGCAUGGCCCUGCAGAUGCAGCCUGAUGAGACCAGGGAGAAGUGCAUGAUGCUCAUCAAAGAAGAACCUGUGAGUCCAGGAGUGAGAGGAGGAGCAGGAGCAGGGAAAGGAGGCAGUGUGGUGGGAGGAGAGGCCGCAGCACUGACUGUGUCCACAUGUGAGGUUUGCUCCGCUGAACCUCCCGUCCUUCCCGUUGCAAUGGUCCAGUCUGUUCUGGAGGGGAGGGGCUCUGCGACCUCUGUGGUGGAGAAAAGGAGUAAAAGGUCGCUCAUGGAAAGAGUGGAGGACACAGUGGAGACCGUGGACAUGAGUCUGGAGGAGCUUCAGCAGCUGCUGCUCAGGAGUCAUCAGCAGCAGCAGCAGCAGCAGCAGCAGCAGAACGCUGUGGAAGCUGGGAGCAGCGCUGUCAUGGAUCCCUUCAGUUUAAGCCUGCCGCUCACUGAGUGGACCUUCACAGAGAUGGAGUCCAACCUCAAAUCGUACAUGUUCCAGAAUCAGGAAGCGGAGGCUUUUCCAGCUGCUGGAUGUGAAGACCAGUGAUUGACACCUGUGCAGUGGAUUGUCCUCCCUCUGAAGAUGAAGGCCACAGAAGCUGCUGUUACCCAUAUUAUUCCACUCUGCAUGAGUUUGAUCCCACGGCCCCCGCCAGGCUCUCUCCUUCAGCACAUUUGCAGUCUUUAUACAUCCACCCGAAAAAAGGAUCUGCCUGGUAACGUCAUAGCCACACACAUGGUGUUCUUCUUCAUUGAACCAAUCAAGGCGGCUUAUGUUUCGCGGUUCAUCAGCUGUCGUCUCCACGAACGCUGUCAUCACUGGAAAAGAUGCUGGUCUUACGUUUUUUUAUAGUUACCCAGUGACACGAUUGUUUCGAGAUAUAAUAUUAAGCCACCUGUAUGAAAACAGUGCAUUCUUGGCUCCUGCACUUUAGCCUUUGCGUGAGUGAUUUUCUGAUUAUUAUUUUUUUGCGUAUUGUGAAAAAACUGACUUGUAUUAAGAGGUAAACAAAACAGUCACUUUAUCACAUAAAAUGCAGUGUGUUUAAAAUACACUGUACUUUAUAUUAUUUAAGUGAUGCAUUUCAAUCAAUGAUAAAUGUUUAAAGUGGGACUAUGCAGGAUUUCUCUUCUGUUCACGGGAAACUGGGAGCUGUCCCUGUGGCGCCUCUCAGAAUCAGGAGGUCUCACAAAGACUCUGGGUCUUACGAGAAACACAAAUGACGUUAUUUUAGACGUUCAUCAUGGCAGAGCCAGCGAAAAAGAAGCAAAAGCGAGGAAGAAGAGUAAACUUCAGAGCAUGUGAAACAGAUGCUGACCGGCAUGGACAUGGCUCCGCGAAUGGUGUUCGCCGGCUCUAUUGAAAACAGAAAACAGCGGCAAGUUUUUACGAAAGUGAGGAUAAAGCGGUA